UACAAACUAGUGAAGAAGAAGAGCAUGCGGUGGUGCGGGAAACAUGAACACGUUUUCUGGUGCAUUAUGGGCUCAUCUCUGCUUUCUGUUGCUGAGCAGCUUUUGAAAGACCUUCAGAGAACUUACUCGGAGACAAACCAGAUACCAGAUGACCUACUAAUAGCAUUACGGUUUGUGUUUGGCCAAUGUGCUCUUCAGGCAUUGGACCUGGUGGACCAGCGCUCUGUCACAUGUGUGUCAUCACCCAGCGGUCGAAAGGCAUUUCAGGUGUUAGGUGGAUCAGGGCAUCUGUACAUGUGCUUCACGUCCUGCCACUACUGCCCAUGCCCUGCCUUCUCCUUCUCUGUGCUCCGGAGAAACGAGAGUCUGAUGUGUAAGCACCUCCUGGCUGCCUGUCUGAGUCAGGCCAUGGGUUUGUGCCAGCAGGAGCAGGUCUCAGAUCAGCAGAUGACCCAUAUUCUCUCAGGGCAAACUGAGGCCAGCACAUAAAUAACUGAUCCUGGAGUAGAGUGAGACUCUGAUAAGAACCCCCAUUCAGAUAUUUAGAGUCAUUAUGGAUUAGAAUGGACUCGUCUUUUCGAAGUUGUUGUUGCACUUAAAUGAUUAUUUUUUUUUUUUAAAUGAGGGAUGAUCUGUCGUAGAAUGUUAAAAAUUGCUUUGAAAGUAAAUAAACAAGCAAAGCUAUGACCCUCAA